GAGACCCCAGGUCCACCUCGUGUGUGUAUGCAGGUAGUGCAGGAGGAAGCUGAAGCCCAGAGCAAAGCGACCCCUGAGCAUCAAGACCUGCAGGGACACGAUGCCCGUCGAUGCCCUGGCCCUGAAAAAGAAGAUCCACAAGAUGGCCUUGGACCCUGCCGCCUGCGCCAUCCUCACCAGCCUGCUGCUCUACGUCACCGAGCAGGCAGACAGGCCUCGGGGCCCCCCUGCCACCCAGAAGGCAGCCGGCCAGGAGACCCGGGUGAGCCACCGGCCCGAGCCUCAGGAGCCCUACCGGCGGCCCACCAAGUUCCAGCUUCUGCAGUCCAAGUUCAUGAACCCCAACCGCGAGUCCUACAUCAAGAAAACCCGGGAGGUGGGCCGGCUGAUCUUCAAGGACAAGCAGGGGCCGGGCCGAAGCUUUGUCAACAUGACCAUCACCAAGCUCCUGGAGAAGACCAAGGAGAAAGCCAACGGCCCCGGGGAGGAGAAGCAGCUCAUCUCCAGUGAGAGGCCAAGGUGGGGCCACCCCGCCGGCAAAAACACGGUCAAGAACAUGCUCAAGAAGUUCUUGGCUGCCGAGGAGAAGGAGGCGAAGGAGAAAGCAGCUCGAGAGAAGCCCCCCGCUGGCAGGCCCAAGCCCACCAGUGGCCUCGUGCCCAAGAUUGUCGCCAAGAAGAACUCCGUCCUGGCCAAACUGAGAGAGAAAUUUGAACAAAGCAGUUCUCUCUGCUCGGAAGCCGGCGUGCUGCUGCUGCGAAAAGAGGAACGCAAGAAAAAGAACCUGCAGCGGAAGAAAAUGCACAGGCCGGAGGUCGGGGUGCUGCACACGGCCACCCAGGCCAGCACCUGCAUCAAGAUGCCCCCGGCCCGCUACCUGGCCUGCACAGCCGAGCCUGUGCCGGCCUUCAGCAUCGCCACCAUAGUCUGCGGGCCCCGGAGCUGGCUGUCGCACUGCGCGAAAAUUAACCUCUCCAAGUCCAGGAGCGCGCCCGGGCGAGAAGGCAGCCUGUCCUCCCCCGCGGGGGAAAGACAGCCCGUUGGGAGGACACCCCCAAGAAAGGGGCCGAUCAGUGCAGAGCUCCAAGGACAGUCCUUGGAGCCCGAGGUGACAGGUGGUGGGGAGCAUCACGUUGCUCCGAGCAUGCCUGUCCCCUGGGUGGAGCGGGUGCUAGACUCCCGUGCUGAUCUCGGGGUAGGCCACGCCCUUCAAGACCGCAUUCCUGACCACACUGAGUGGUCAUCGACACUCCCCGCAGCCAGCCUCCAGAGCGCAGGGUCCCAUCCAGCUACGGGACAGAGGCGAGAGAGCGUUGCCGGGGGUGUAAGGGGACCUGGCUCCAGGGCAGGUGUUGCCCAUGGGAGUGAAGCAAGAGCAGCCCCCUCACCUGGGGAGACUCCCAAGAUGACCAUGACUGUCUGUAGCUCCGAGGAUGAACCAGAAAGAGCUUCUGACACCGAAAGAGACCCCUUCUUUGCCACCCAAAAGUUCUUCCCGGAACAGAAAGUACCAGGACCCAUCCCACCGCUGCACACUCCAGUCGUGCAGGCUGCGCGGCGAGCCCAGGCCACCAUCGAGGCUCCACAAAUCACCGUCAAAUUCCCAGUGGUCUAUGAGAUGCCACCGCCUCCGGUCCCGCUGCAAGACGCACACAAGAGUGAGGCUGCGCGCCGUCACGCUCUGGGAGGAGAGGCUGCGCACGGCACUGCGAGGACAUCAUUUCCCCCCACCGUUGAAAAGAAAAGGGGCAACGAAGCCACAAUGAAACCAAGCGAACGUUCUGGGGAGCCGGCAAAAGUCAAUUCCCCUUCAGCGCCUGGACCCCAUGCUGAGCGGAAGCCAGCCGCACUAGGAGAGGCUGCUGGGUUUGAGCCUAACACCCCAGGGGCAGCCCUGACACCGAAACUCCAGGAAAACCCCACCCAUGUCGAGAUAAACAAAUGCAGCUUUGAAAGCUCACACGAUGUCAAGGGUCCUAUGGAGGCUUCAAGAGAGAAUCUUUAUGAGCUCAUUUCGGGGAAGCAGCAGCUACCAGACUCACAUGAAAUCCCAACACCUACCAAGGGUACCUUGUCAAAUCCCACUGCCACGUCGAGAAAGAGUCUGGAAGGAACUGUCUUCCCUACCUUGGGCGGUCAGCCAUUGCCCUCGUCCAGUACAAGCAGCCCGACGGUGCAGAAGGCAACUUCGCUGGCAACACCGCCCAAGGGCUCUGUGAAGUCUGGGUGCUCCACCUUGCCGCACAAAAACAUCUUGUCUGAGCAAGUCUCUGAGGGGGCAGCAUUCACAGAGUGUACCCAACCCAACAAGGCUGCUAAAGGAAAGGUCAGCCAUGAUUUUGACAAGAACAAACUGCCCUUGACGAAAGAAUCAUCCAAGCCAGCCAGCAAAGCAGGACCCGGUGUUGGGGAUCACACAACCCCAUCCUCAAGGAAUGCCCUUACCCCUGAAACUAACAUGGCAGAAGAACUGAAGACUUUUGACAAGGAAGCACACAGACAUGUUGCCACCAAAGAAAAUAGGCUGAUAGGCGAGGACUCCUCUGCCGACCCCAGCAAACAGCAUCCCUUGGCACUGAGUGGCUCGUCCAGACGCAGCAGCAGCGCAGCCAACGUGAGCGGCCUGGCUGACACCGAGCGGGGCCGGUCUUCACCCUCAGCGUACUUGAUAACUCGCCCAAAUGAAGCAGCCCGUGCCCACCUCCUGUUGGGCACGCCCCACUCACGGGUUUCAGAGGAAUUCACCGAGAGCAAAGAAAACACAGCCGGGGAAAGCAACCAUACUACAGCUACCGAAGGAAAUCCUUUGGGGAAUCACCUGAGGUCCCAAAGUCUAACUUCAAAAUAUCUGACCCCGCAGGAAAGUAGUGCCGCAAGGUCUCCCUGCCGCAGUUCGGGCAAGCAUCAGCCACCUUCUUCGACUCAACAGGCAAAGGGUAAGAUGUUUACUGAGGCCGGAAAACAGCCUUUUGUUGACGCUGAGCGUUUUCAGCCGUCUCCCACGAUGCCAGCAACAGAAGCAGAAGAAGCAUGUGUGAAUGGAACUGCCCAGGAGCCAAGACAUCCUAAUCUUCAAGCACACCUGUUACCUUCUGCAAGCAUGGUGUCCAGACACAAGGUGGGUGCCUCCGGUGGGGAGAAAGACCCGGCAAGGCAGCUGGUGCUGGGUAAAUUGGGGAGGCAAGACAAUCCCCGGGAGUCUGAGAGAAAGAGCUUGGGUCACGCGAGGCCACCCCAGACUCCACAGCCAGGUAAUUCUGGUCCAAAGAAAACAGCAUCUUUGGAUCAGACGGCGAUAUUGUGUACUGCUCAAAGGCCUCAAGCACAGCCGGCAAAUGACUGGGCAGAAAAGUGCCCAGUGAAGAGUCCCUGCGAGCAGGUGGGGAAGGGGCAAGAGCAUUUACCAGGCAAGCCAGGGAAGCGUGCCAGCCACCCAACUCAACGCGUCGGAGCCCCAUCAGAGAAGAAGCCAUUGGCACCGGUGGAAAACCCAGAGAGGCCAGGUAACCUGGCUUCGCUGAAAGGGACACAGGAAAGCAAGAUGGCACCCCAUGCCUGGGAGCAGCCCCAAAGCAGCACAGCCAGAGAAAAGCUUACUGCUGGUAAGAGUGGAAAACACCAAAGAGCAUCACCCAGGGACGGCCGGGAGAAGGAGCCUGCCACACAGCACACGCCCAAGGAACGCCAGCCCAACCCAAGCAGGAGCAAGGCAUGCUCUUCGGAGGCGUUGAGAGAAGGUUCUCUGGAGCCAAUGAAGGCCUCUGCAGUACCCACUCCUGACCCUGGGGGGUGCCAGACACCGCUCAUCUCCGUUCAGGACACACUUCGGGCAGGUCCUGGGGAAGAGGAAGACAUUUGGGACAACAUAGAGUCCUUGGAGCACAAACAACACCGAAGGUUGGCGCCGUUUGCCAAGUAUACAGCCCAGAGCUUCAGUGACCAGAAAGCCUUUGAUUUAUCCUUCAGACCAACACUGAUCAAAGCCAACAAUGCAAUCGAGUUUCCAAAAUAAGAGUCAGCACUCAGAGAAACCACAGCGAUUUCUUAACGUUUCACUAUCUGCUUAUCAUGUAUCUACCAUCGGAUUUUCCCCCCUCCCUCCAAAUCAUGUCGUUGAACUUCUGAACUUGUCUUUCCAGAGAUGUAUGGUUUAAUUCUUUUUUCUUUCGCUUUUACAUUAACUGGACCUUGAAAGACUGUCCCAUGGGGAGGGAGGGGGCGUGGAGGGGCCCGGCAUCUCCUUUCACACAGGUGUGUUCGGCUCUUAAGCCAUCAGUGAGUGAUGUCUCUUCUUAGGAGAUGCGGAAAAUGACACUGAGACAGAGGGCUGCAACCUGAGGUUGGCUUGCUUCCCAUGUGGUUUCCUUAAUCCAUGAGAUUUCUUUGAUUGUCUCUGCAAGCAUCUUCCAAAGAGAAGUACCAAACCUUCACUUGUGUCUUUUCCCAAAACAGAGUCUCUGUUCCGUUUUGCGAUUUGGGGUUUGGGUUUGUCAGCACGUGUACUUUUUUGGUGCUGAACUUUGAUGUGCGUGUCUGUCUGGUCAGCAAGUGGGAGAAACCCCUGGUGUUGAAGGAGUCUCGGCCUCUUGCAUCUGAGGGCCAGUUUCGGUCUCAGGACCCCUUUGUUCCCUUGCACAGUCUCUGGUAGGCACAGGCAUGGCUGACCUGCCCUGGUCUUUGCCUCACCACCUCUUGCUGCUGCUGUGGCUUCCCUCCUCCCUCUCGCCGUGGCUGUGGGUAGGUGUGGAACCCUCCCAAAGGCUCCCAGUCAGAAAGCUGUGAUGUGAUCACCAAAGAAGCGUUCGACAUCCCUCAUCAGUAGCCCUGCAGUGCCCCUCUGAGUGAUGGUCUAGAUCCUCACAGGCUGUCCAGCCAGCCCAGCAGUGCCAGUCACGGAGACUGAGUUAGGACAUACAGGAUCCGUAUAGCUGACAUACAGGAUCCGUAUAGCUAGACAGUCACGCCUGGGCCGUGGGAACUGCCGGGACCUGAAACAGAACAAACCAAGGAAAGAACUUAGACUCGUGCCACGGAGCCAGUUUCAACGCGAGCGACCCCACAGUGGAGAGUGGAACUGCCCCUGUGGCUUUCUGAGGCUGUAGCUCUUUACGGGAAUAGAAGGCAAUCACCUUUCUCCCUCAGAGUGGCUGGUAGUUUCAAACUGCCGACCUUGUGGUUAGCAGCCUAACAUGUAACCCACAACAACACCAGGGAAGAGCAAUAUUGAUUUCAGAGAAAGUAUUGAUAGGACUAAGUAGAGUAAGUAACAUAUCGUUUCGAACACUGUACUGUUAAGUGCGCAACUCCAAGAAGGCCUUCUUUUUAAAGCUUAUACUGUGAGGAAAGCAAACUGCUGCACCAUCUCUGCCUUUCGUUGUUAUUAAUAGCAGCCUCCACAGCCGCUUCUGUGUCCCGUCAGUAGACGGCUGUCACUGGUUUUAAGGACCUAAAAGCAACAUUCUCUUAUCCUGCUGGUACCGUCCUUAAACACACAAGUGGCUAUCUCUUAUUAUCUGAGAAGUGACAUUAUUCAUUCUUUUUUUUUACAUUAUAGGAUAAUGCAUUUUCAGUCUAGAAUAUUUGAAUGUUGUAUAAAAGAAUAAGGAAGGAAAUAAAAGUCACCAGUAACCA